AUGUUCAAAGCUAUUGGGAAUGGGGCUCUCGCAGCCGUCAGCUUUGUCUGGCGUUGGUCAGUUCCCUACAACAGCCGCAACCGCCCGAUAGACCCCGUCUACGCUGCUGUCUGGAGUACUGGAAGUGAUGAGAACAGUAUCCUGGACAUUGUUCAGCAGUGCUUUCCUGACAUCCCUCGCCAUGAGCUGCCCAAGGAAGAAGAGGCCAUCCGCCGCUUGGUGCGAGAGCGCUUCCCACCAGGUGGAAACGGCCCUUUAUCUUCCUCGUCAUCAACCUGCCACGAAGGAAAAGACGCCAGGAGCUCUCGUGCCUCGAGCAUCACUCAAGUUGACCAAGAAGAGGCCAUCCAUGCUGAGAAGCAAAGGCAAAAGAUGCUCGACUCCGCCGAGGAAACAUGGCAACACCUCCCUACAGCCCUCUGCUCCCUUCUUGCUAGCCUAAAUGCUCAAAACAUUGAAAAGAAGCUUACAUCUCUGCUUACUGCUCCUUUCCAUACCUCUUCCGGUCGUGGUGCCAUUCGCCGUGCCUCGUCGGGCGUACAUCGCACAUUGGCCAUGUGGCGGCAUGGCUUCAAAGCCGCCGUACCACGCACAGAGCGCUUCUUCACCAAUCUUUUCAUCAUAUUCCUCGUCGCCAGCGCCUGCUAUCCUGAUGUUGCGGCUGGAUUCCUCGGCGAGCGCUCAUACAACCAGCGGUCAAUCGGUGGACGCAUUGUCACCCUGUGCCAACUGUGGUUUCUCUGGCGCUACCCAUACCAUUCGUUGUGGCUUCUCUUUAAUUGGAGUCUGGAGCGACUGCUAGGUGCCUUUGUUGGUAGCACCGUGUAUGCUCUGGCGGCUGUGGUGCCGUCGAUCCACGCCGCGUACAAGACGUCGUGGUUCCGCAUCAUGAUGCUUGUGCUGUCCAUGUCCUGGCAGAUUAGUGUUCAAUUUUCGCCAACGGUGCGCGAUUACCUGAUGCGUCUUGUCACGAGACGUCAGAUGCGAUUGCUGCGCGCUCGUAGCGAUGACGAAAAGGUCAUUGACUGGGUCGCGGCAGACAAGGCCAUCAAUGCCGAGCUCACCACGAUCAAGACUUUUACAGCGCAAGCCGAGGUCGUCGCGGCUGAGAAUGUGCCUAUUCGGGUCCGCACCGAGCGUUAUAUCCAAUACACUGCGGGCUAUAAGCUUGGCCGUCCCGCUGAUCAACUGGUUGGGCUAUUCAAGGAUGACCUGGAAGGCAUCAUCAACACAUAUGAGGACUAUCAGUCCACCAGCCCUGCCACUGCGCCGCAAGACGACGGCCACGUAGAGCCGCGGGCGCCCAAGUUCCUUCUCGUCUUCUUUGACAUGGCCAUAUUUGCCUAUGUUUGCUACUCCUUCUACCCUCAGCCGUUUACAUUCAAUACGGUCGUCGCGUACGGCACCGUUGUCUGCAUCAAACAGGCCAUCAUUGCGUGUAAGCGCUACCAGACGCCAAAGAGCGCCCGGCGACUGUUCACCAACAUGGUGUCCAUUAACAUUAUUGGAAUGUUCCUGGUGUCGACGCCUGUGACGAUCAACAGGGAUGUGCUCAAGAGCGACGUCAAUUUCAUAGCUCUGACGCUGGCCAUGGUGUUUGCGACGCUGUUUCUCGCGGAGACAAUUGCGCCGCUGCUGCUGGCGUGUGUCGAGGGUCUUGUGUCGGGCUGCAGCUGGGUGAAGAGCAAGGUGCGCCCCAAGAAGAGUAGCGCGAGCGAAGAGAAGUCGAAAAUAGGAUCUGCGACUGCGACUGCGAGUUCGCCAGAGGUUCAGUCGUCGAGAGGUGGAGAAAAGAAGGAGGCUUCUGUGCGAGAAGCGCAAUUAAAAUAG